AUGCAACCGGAUGGUACCAUCUCCGAGUUUGAACCAUUGGACUAUGCGGGAACAACCAAAAUUUUCAGAGCGAUGUUGAUGACCCCAUGGAAGCGCUUUCAAGGGGACCAUCCAUUAGAGCAACUUCAGAUGACUUACACCCUUCAUUCCAUGAAAGCCACGCUUUUGAGCUUUGGACCACAGCUGGGCACUUUGGUCAGCGACUCAGAUCGUCUUUUACAAGGACAUCACCAGGAUCAGAAACAAUCUUUGAAUCUGUAUGGUCGAGAUAGCGUUUGGGGUUCUCUCCGUUAUCAACAGACUGUCACAUCGCAGAUUCAACAAGGAUGGAGGCCAAAAACUGCACAACAUAGAGGGGGACAGUUUCCUCUUGUGGAGCCAACAGUGAUUUUAGAGCGUUACAAAAAAGUUGCACCUGACUACAGGUUUGAAUGGCUUCCGUUUCAUCACCAUGAAGAACCCCAGGAACUUCCACCGGCUCACGAGGUGGUAUCUGAAGAAUCCGAUACGGACUCCAGCAGCAGUGACAGUGACACUGACAGCAAAAGUUCCGAACAUGCUUUGUCGGUUCAGGAGAUGAACCCCAAGAAACAGGAACCAAUACAAGUGGAUGAAGCUGUGUUUGCUCGCCAUCGACGGGUCACCCAUGCUAUGGUGAUCAUGGACGACGGCAACGAUUCUAGACCUCUUUUCAUGGGGCAUUUGUGGAAGGCGUCAUGUGGAAACUGCGUCAUGACUACAAAGUCAUUAGAGGAUGCCAUGUCGGCAUGUGGCGUUGAACCAGUUAUUGCAUCACAGCUGGUGCAGAUGGGCUGGACGGUCCAAACAUUUGCGUGUGCUGCAGUGAAUUUAGAAGCGUUUGAUCGCCUGUGGCCUGAGUUUUUUCCGGAGGAAGAACCCUCACUGCUGCAGAAAGCUUCCCUGAGGGCGGCAUUCAAGAUGUGUCAAGAAAUGACACAACCUGCAUUAACCAAUAACCAGGCUGCACCUGCCUCAGCGGUUUCGGAUCCUAUGGCGAAUCCUGGAACUUGGGCGGAGAGUUUUCCACCGAAGUUAGAUGCAGCAGUGAUUGAUCAGAUGAAAACCAAAUUUUUGGCCAGUUACCCCUCUGAGUUGGUCAACCAUGAUACCAUGCCAAGCACAAGACUGCUUAGCCUUGUGCACCAUCAAUUGGGGAAGAAACAAUGGGCUUGGAUCCCCUGGAAAUAUAGACUGACCAUGGCGAAAUCUGAAGAGGUCGCCUCCCAGAGACAGAGCAAGAUACCAAAAUUAGAAGUGGCCUCCUUACAUCAUCUGUUGGUGGAUGAACCACCAGCCAUUGAUAUAUCAAAUACUGGAUUUGGAGUCAAUGCAGUCCGAAAUCUGUUGGCCGUUCAUGACAUGGCAGUGGCAAUGUGCGGUGGAGCCCAUUUGGCCAACCUCAAGGCCUACUCAGCCAAAUUUCUGAGCUUCCUGACCCAGAAGGUGGACCCAGAUAGCAUGUUGAGAUGUGCAUCCAUUACAGAAGCGCAGGCAGCGGACCGCCAAAUCUGGGCUGCAAUUGCAGAUUUAAUGUCAGAGCGUGGAUGGGAUAUGGACAAUUGCCUUCAUGAGUUCACCCACAUUCGUCAUGAUUUGCCAGGCCCUUCAGUUUCAGCGGCCUCAAUCAGUGCCGCGGCGGUGGCGGUCUCUCCCGACAUUCCUCCUAAGGAGGUGACAGAAGUCGAAAUGACCCAGGGAGAGCAGGAGGCAUUGGCCACGAAAUUUGCAUCUCUGGUUACACCAUUGGUUCACCAGACCUCCCAUGACUGGAAGUGGGAUGACAUUCAUUUUAUUCCAUCUAAGAAGGAACCACUGCAACCACCUUUUGGACAAGAGGAUGGCGGCGGUUUGCCGUCUAAUCCUGACUGGAGCAUGGGCGAACGUUCGGCCCCUGAUGUUUUUGGCCCUUUGCGGAAACAGUGGAUGCGAAGAAUCAUUGAUCAACGGUUGGAUAAGGAUUUGUUGCAAUAUUUUUCUCAGGAGGUGCAUGCGCAUCCGCCAUUUUCAGAUGCGGUCUUGGCUCCUUUCAAGCAAGAUUUGGAUAAUUUUUUGCGAGCUUCGGGCUUUUUACCUGACUGGCAGGCAAAUUAG